GAAAUAUCCGAGCAGCACCUGAACUCAUCACAGCGCCUGAAUCCGACCUGAGCAGACGGUUGAUGUCGGAGCUGUGACAAGUGGCUGCAAAUCUCAACAUGGAGAAGCCCGCAGAGGCCGAGGACCGCAAUCCCAACACCUUCUCUCAGGUGGUGUUCACUGACACCCCGUACUCAUACCCGCUUUCAACCCCCAUCACCUGCUGCUACACCCUCACUUCUGCCUUCCAGCCAAAUCCCAGGGACUGGGUGGGCAUUUUUAAGGUGGGGUGGAGCUCAGCAAGGGAAUAUCAUACCUUUGUUUGGGUGGAGCCAUCUCUGGAUGUGAUAGGGCAAGAGUCUUUGAACAGGCAAACUUUUUUUAAAGAUUACUACCUGCCUAAAGAUGAGGUAGAGUUUUACCAGUUCUGCUACGUGGACAGUACUGGUAAAGUGCGAGGAGCCAGCACUCCUUUCUGUUUCAGAAGCCCAGAGGAGCAAAGCAUGGAGCGCUGCACGGAUGAUGACCUCCUGGUUAUAACAUCACAGGAACAGUUGGAACAGAGCGUACGGGAGAAAGCUGAUCUGCACAUAGAGCUGGAUAAGAUAAGGAAAGAAAAUGAAACCUUAAAAAAUUAUCUACAGAAAGAACGGCAAGAAGCUGCCAGCUUAAAGGAGCAGAAUGAUCAGAAAGAGAAAGAAACUGGUCAACUGGUCAAACAAAUGGAUCAAAUCAAGCAACAAAAUGAAAACUUACAGAGCACCUUACAGCAGCAGGUGCAGGAAACGGACAACGCAAAGGAGAUGUUGACUCAAAUGACAAAGCAGAUGGAAAUGCAGCAACAUGAAGCCACCAUGCAGAAAGAACGUAGCCUGAGCUUGGAUGGAGACUCAAAACAAAAUGAGAAAUACAAUCGAGCUGUGAUGAAGAUCAACCAAAUGAAAGAGGAGCGCGAGGAGCUGAACUUGAAGAUCGAUGAACAAAGUGCGGAGAAUUCCACGCUUAAUGCCAAACUCAGAGAACAACAGAGGGAAGUGUUAAAAAUGAAUGACAAUGUACAGCUCCUCCAGGUUGACCUCCAGAGCAGUGAGAAAGAAAAGGAGCGGCUCUCUGUGGAGCUAAAAAAGCUGCAAAGCCUCACACACAACAUGGAUGACCUGAAGAGGGAGAACCAGGAGUUACGCAUCAGGCUGUCACAGCAGGAGACACUGCAGAACUGUCCUGAGGACGAUCUAAGGCGGAAGUGUCAGACUCAGCUACAUGAGGCUGAGCUGGAGCUGUUGGCCAAGAGAGAGGAAGUAAAAAAAAUCCUGAGACAUUCUCAGUCUCUGGAGAAAGAUCUACAGGAAGUCAGGGAGCAGCUGGAUAAGAUUAGCAAAUUUUUGGAGAAUGAACAACGGAGAAAUGGCAAAAUCGAGAUAAAUCUCACAGAAGCACAUUUAGCCAUCGCAAAUAAAGAGCGCAUAGUAAAGGACAAGGAUAAUGUGAUCAUGUUGCUAACACAUGAGAAAGAAGGGCUCAUCAAAGAAAACCAGAGUCUUACUGAUGAAAUUGACAGGCAGCGCAGAGCUUAUGACGAACUCCACUCAGUACCCCCCGCUGACUUACCACCUAGGCAGCCUGAGACCACCGCACCAGCUGCCUCCGCAUCACGCAACUGGCCGCAGUGGUCGGAGGCACCUGAAGAGCCUGUGUAUGACACCACAGGAAGUGCUGAAGAAGCAGAGCAAGAGCAGGAGCUGGUGUGUCGUCACUGCCACGAGAGCUUUCCCUGCAUAACCCAACACGAACUGGAGCAGCAUGAGCAGAGUCACCGAUUGUGUCCCUACUGCACAUUGCUCUGUGACAACAUGGAGCAGGCAGUGUACGAAGAUCACGUCUACGGCCACGAGCUGUGAGAAACGGCUGAAGAAAACAAACCUCUAACAAGAUGUGGUCAAAGGACCAUGUUUAUGUUUUCUGCAAAAAAAUCCUGUACAUGACAGAAACUUUACUGUAGAUUAAGCGUAAGCAUACUUACGUUUCUAGGUUUUCCAUUCGUUACUGUCCAUCAUGCAGACAUAAGCAGCUGUUAGAGAUCCUGCCUGAGUUACAGCAUGUAAAACAUAAUGUCGUAUUGUUACCAUAUCCUCACAAACUCUUAAAAGUAAUCUUCACCACACUGGGCCACAUUUAAUAGUCUUAAAAACAUUGGCGAGUAUUUUUCUUUAAGUUUUGUGACUUUAAUUUUCCUAAUUUCAGAAAAUAUUUUAUUUUCCUAAAUUUGUGACUUCAUUCUCAUGGUGUUUUUUUUUGUCUCAGAUAAUAUUACUUUUUUUUCUGGUAAACUUUCUCAAAACUAAAAAGUCCCUCUAUGCCGUUGUAAAAUUGUCCCCUUAAUUUUUGGCAUUAAAUCUGAAAAUGUGUGAUUUAAAUCUGCACCUUUUGCAUCUGAGACGAAAUAAACGGUAUGAUCACUAUGAUGUUUUGGACAGUAGGUUUUAAAAAAUAACUGAACAUUAAAGUAGAUUUUCUCACCUUUGAGAGGUGAUUUUCAUAUUGUACUUCUUUUUUUUUUUUUUUAAGCAGUAAGUUAUCCAAGAUUUUCUGUAAAAAAGGCUUAAAAAACCGACUGUUCCAUUGGGUUGAAUUAAUCAUUCAAAUGUAAGUAAUUGUAAACUUCAUAUAUAUUAACCACAACUCUUUAUUCACAGUAUAGCUUUGCACUUAUCUUUAAUCUUUAAGAGGAAAUUGUUGAUCUAGUAUAACCGUAUCGUGCUCAUUGAAACAUUUGAUUUACCUUCUGUUGAUUAGAUUUUAAGGGUGUAUGACAGAAUGAGUUGUUGAUGAGAGGUUGAGCGAUGUGACAAGUGAAUGUUUUAAAUUUUCAAUUUAAUAAAGUGCAUUUCAAUGAUUCUGCUGAUAUAAUAAAAACCAAAAGGUAAAACGCAA